CAUUCGUCAGGGUGUCACUUUUCAUAGUGAGGUUAGGGUUGUGGUGGAGGUGGGUGUACGCAUUCGUGAGUACCUAACUUCCGGUCUGAAGCUGCUGCUGGACUACCGCUGCUGUCAUGUUUUGCUCAGCGGCUCUGCAAAUGCACAUGCCUCAUAAGUUGGAGUGUUUGAGCACAUUGAACAGCAUUUAUUUACGUUCUUUAAUUUUUUUCCCCCACACUAGUCUGUGGACAAUGUCUUCUAAAGAGAAAAGGGCUACUCGAAAGCUGUGUUUUGGUGAGAAGUCUGAUUUAGAAGAGUCUGGUCAUGUAAAGGACAACGAAUUUUACAGCAGCAGCGACGACGAGGCGGAGAGAGAGGCCGAUAUCAACGAUGAAGAGGAUGACCCUGAUUUUGAGGAUUUUGACUCAAGUGAAGAAGAAUGGGAACCAGAAAGUGAGCCAAGCCCCAAAAAACAACGUCUUCUCUUUCAGUCCCCUACCAGCACACCUUGCACCCCCAGAACCCCCACAUCUUUUGUCAGUGGUUCCUUGAGUCCGUGGUCAACUCCAAGAGAAAGGUCUCAUUCUCCACGGGUGAGGAAAAGGUCUGCAAGUGGCAAGUCAGCGGAGAGUGACACAGGCACUUGGAAUGACAUCAGCGUGGAGGAUGAGGCUCCAGUGCUACCCCAUUUUCUUCCAAAGCGAAACCCAGGAGCUCAGCUCAUCAUGGACAGAAUAUAUUCCCCCUUGGAGCUAUUUCAGCUUUUUUUCCCAACCUCUGUGGUGGACACCAUUGUGAAGAACACAAAUAGUUAUGCAAAAAUGAGGUCUGAAGCUGGGAAAAAAUUCCCUUGGGUGCCUUUGAAAGCGCAGGAACUGUAUUCGUAUAUUGCGCUUGUUAUUUACAUGGGGCUUCUCAGCGCAAAAAAUAUUGUAGACUACUGGUCCAGAAAAGACAUUUACAGGUUACCUUUUCCAAAAUCCGUGAUGUCCAGGGCCAGAUUUCAUGCCAUCUCUUGGAAUCUGCAUCUUUGCGAUCUUAAGGAGGAUCGAGUGAAUGCACUGAAAAAAGGGACUCCUGAGUAUGACAGACUUUUCAAAAUCAAGCCCCUUUACACUGACAUCGUCGCGGCGUGCAAAACAUACUUCCAUCCAAACAGACAGCUGGCGGUGGAUGAGAGGAUGGUGGCGACUAGAGCGAGAACCGGCUUCAAACAGUACAUGAAGCACAAGCCUACCAAGUGGGGUUACAAACUCUUCGUUCUUGCUGAUUCUGUCUAUGGCUACACAUGGAACUUCUUCGUUUAUGAAGGUAAAUCUUCGCUGGCCUCUGGUAAAGGACUGAGUUACGAUUCCAUGAUUCGCUUCCUGGAUCUGCCUCUUCUUGGCAAAGGCUACCAGGUGUAUAUGGACAACUUCUAUACAAGCCCAGGCCUUUUAUUGGACUUGCUGGAUAAAAAGACACUUGCGUGUGGCACGAUACGUUCCAACACACAGGGCUUUCCUAGAACAAUGUCCAAUGACCUCAGCCUCAGAGCUCAAAAGGGAUCCAUACGCUGGCUUCGGGAAGGUAAGCUCCUCUUUGUGAGGUGGAUGGACACGAAAGCGGUUUCAAUGUGUUCAACGAUACACAAGGCAUAUGAUGGUGCUACCAUCUCCAGGCGUAUCAGGAAUCCCAAGAAUGAGUGGGAAAUUUGCCAAAUCCCAAUUCCGGCAGCAGCGAAGGACUACAAUAAAUAUAUGGGAGGUGUGGACCUUUCGGAUGCUCUAAUUGGGUACUACAAUGUCCUACACAAAACCAAAAAAUGGUACAAGACCUUUUUCUUUCAUUUUGUUGAUAUCGCAGUGGUGAACAGUUUUAUUCUCCACCAGCAACUGUCCAAAUCUCUGAAUAAGAGUGCUCUCACCCAGAAGGACUUUAGAGAGACACUUGUGUCUGAGCUGGUAAAGACUGCCACACUGUUCAGCCCAUCACCUGCCCCCAAGCCAUCCACAUCAGAGCCCUCCACAACUGAGGUCGGCUCAAAGGAAGAGCCAUGCUGGCCAGAGUAUUUUGGGACAGAUGCCUCAAGUGGGAGGAGAAUCUGUGUCUUGUGCAAAGUUUCAGGUCUCAAAGUAAAGACACCUGUGUACUGUACAAAAUGCAGUGUAGCUUUGUGUUUUGUGUCUUCAAGAAACUGCUUCAGAAAAUGGCACGCUGAGAAACAUGGGGAAAAAUAAGUGCAUUGUUGUGUUUUGUCAAAAGACGGUUGAUUAAAAGUUGUGCCCUCGCCCCACUGAAGUGCUUUUUUCAUUAUAUAGUAACUUCUUACAUUGUAGGCUUUAUACACAUCUGAGGUUUAUAAAUGUAAAAUGUGUUUUUGAACCGCAUUUUUUUUUUUCCCUAUAUCCAUUCCUUUUUUUUUUUUUUGCAUCUUUAUUUGAUCGGACCAACUAGUUGUAUUAGUUUUUUGUAAAAUAAAACGCAAGAACUGCUAUUUAGUCUCGCUCCUUUUGCUUAUUUGUGGGUCAAGUUAAAAUGGAAGCUUGUUCCCGGCACUGAAUAAAAAAUAAAAAAGGUAAUUGCGAAAGGUAAGUUCUGACUUUUUUUCCGAAUUGCAUGAUAUAAACUCUUAUAAACUUUUAAAGUCAGAAUUGUCACAUCAGUGUCAGUCUUUUUUUCCUCAGAAUUGGACUUUAUAACUCGCAAUUGCAAGUUUAUAUCUCACAAUUCUGAGAAAAGAAGUCAGAAUUGCGAGAUAUAAACUUGUAAUUGUGAGGAAAAAAGUCAGAAUUGCAAGACAAAAGUCAGAACUUCAAUUCUGACUUUAUUUCUCGCAAUUGUGAGUUUAAAACUUUUAACAAGCUUCCAUAAGUUAGUCACCAUGAAAUCAA